CCCGUGCCCCGCCCCUGGGAUGCUGCCGCUGCCGCCGGGGCUGCACCGCUACUUACGGGAGGAGUCGGCCCAGCUCCCGGCUCCCCCAGCCUUGGUCUCGGUCCCGGUCUCGGUGGCCCCGCCCUUCGCCUUCGCCCCUCGCCGCCUCCGUCUCGGUCUCCACCACCCGUUGCUUGAGGAUGGGGACGUCCACAGGCACCUCUACCUACAGGGGGUCCUCGCCGGCGUGUCCGAGGUGGCCGAGAGACCCAAGGUGUCCGAAUUCAGUUGUCACAUCUCUGGGUGCUGCCAGGUGUUUGACACACUGGAGGGCUUUGAGCACCACUACAACACACUGCACAGGAAUGUCUGCUCCUACUGCAAGCGCUCCUUCCCUUCAGGGCAUCUCUUGGAUAUUCACAUCUUGGAGUGGCAUGACUCCCUCUUCCAGAUAAUGGCUGAGAAGCAGAACAUGUACAAGUGUUUGGUAGAAGGCUGCACAGAGAAGUUCAAGAGCAGCAAGGACAGAAAGGAUCACUUGAUCACCGUUCACCUUUACCCUGCCAACUUCCGGUUUGAUAAACCAAAGAAAGUGAAAAGUGGCCCCAAGGACGUGAGCUCUCCCAUGAAGCAGGGUGACAGUGUGCCAAUGGAUGUGACUGUGGAGACAUCAGAGCAGUUCCAAGUGGAUCCCAUGGAAGUAGGGCCCAGUGAAAACAUGGAGAUCCCUCAGCCUGCAGCCAGCCCUGGCUCCUCAGUGCCAGAGAAACGACUCUAUAAAUCCAGGAUCCCAUCCACAAUUUGCUUUGGACAGGGUGCCACCCGAGGAUUUAAGGGACCAAGGAAGAAAGUCUGAAGGUCAGUGCACCAGACGUGUGUGAGAGAUGAGGGUGCAUCAGCCACUGCCACCCACAGGGAUGAGUGAUGCUACCAUGGCCAAGCAGGGAUAUCCACAGCUGCAUGUGAGGGAAGGCAAAGGGUGAAAACAGGGACUGUGCAGCAGCAGUUUGUUACACAUCAGUGCCUUGGGAGGUGCUUUGCUGAGUCCCUUUCCCUCUAUCACCUCCCUUUGGCAGCAUUUCAGAGCUGACUGUGCUUAUGUUUACCCUUCUUGAGACACAGUCUCUUUUCUGAUCCCCACUGAAAUCAAAGGAUAAAUUCUCCUGCCUGUGUGCUGUGAGGUUUUGUGUGUCAUAAGUGCCAGGACUGUACUGGCCAGCAGUGACUUUCCAGAUAGAAGGUUCUGUCUUGCCUGAGCAUGGAAAUGGCAAAUGCUGUUCUGAACUCCAGGCAGCUCUGGGCAUUUCACAGACUUUGUAGAAAACCUGCAAGGAAUGGCUGUCAGAAAUGGCAGCAGGGUUACUACGGAACAGGACACACUGUUUCCUCUUCCUGCAGAGUGUUACUCUUCUCUGCCAGCCCUGCUUGUUCAGUGAAGAAUCAAAAUCCUGAGGAUCAGUUAAAUUUUUUUCAUUUUCUUGAAAGGCCCCUCUGCUAAACACAAAUAUUGCCUAGCCAGGCUUUUUGUAUGAUUGGAAACGUGCUUUGAGUUAUGGCCCUAAUUAGAAUAUAUAACUUAACUGAUGGUAGGGAGGUGUGUAGAAGGUGAGGAAGUGUAAUCACACGAGCAGAAGACACCGGUUCUGGGCAGUGUAAGCUGUUGAGCCUAAAUCCCUUUGUAGUUGCCAAAGAUGUAUAAUGGAUAAAUAAGGAGGCAGACUUGGACCACAGUCCCUUGGAAUGGGACUGAUAAGGAAAGUAACAUCUGGACAGAUCAGGUCUCAGGUAUGUAAGGACAGUGAGGACAAAGGAUGGACUGAGCAUGUGUAAAGAUUGAGUUUAACUAGCAGACACAGUGACAAAGACUGGGAGACUACCAGGGGAAGUAAACGACCACCAGAGAGACUGCCAGAUGCCAACAGAGACUGCACCAUAGUCCUCAGUAUGAUGUAACCAUUUGUUAAUGAACAGAUAUUUCAUGUUAAUCAGUUUCUGGAAAAUAAUUCCCUUGUGUAAUAUAAACCACCUAAAGCUUUUGUCUUAAGAACCACACAGGGUGGAGAAAUCUCCCUUCCGUUCCCAAUGCUCCUAAUAAAGAAUGCUGAGUUAACAGU